AUGGGCUUUGGUUUAGCUGUCCCGCCAAAGUUCAUGGAUAUCGUAGUGAAGUGGGCGACCCGUGACUACCCAGAAGUCGGCAACUACGUUGAUGACCUUCGUGUUCCGUCAUCUGACACCGAUGCCGUCUCCGAUGUCCUGCUCAGUUAUGGUCUGCCUACCAAAGAAGCGGAGAACAUGGAGUCUGCUCGAGUGCUUGAUCGCCUUGCUGCCCAAGACCCCACCACUGGUCGCUGUAAUGUUCCAACAUCGCCUGACUCGGAAUGGACUCUGUAUUGUGAUGCUUCUGAUGUAGCUCUUGGUGUCGUUCUCGAGUCUUAUCAGUUUAGCAGAUAUUGCUCACCACCAGUCAGCUACCAAUCAGCUGACAGCACUAUUGCAGAAGCCAUCCUGUGUGUAGCUGACGGUCAGCUUAUGUGUACUGCCGCCUUCAAGAAGAUCAGGAGCAAACUCGUCGUGGAAGAUGGCGUACUGAAACGCAGCAUCAAGCUACCGCUCGGUGAGAUUGUGAAUGUGCCUGUUAUUGCCAAGUCUCUUGAGAGUAGUGUUCUCACUCACUCGCAUACACUGACCGGCCAUGGAUGCCGGGAAACUAUGUACCGUUUUCUUCGUGAGCGUUGUUUCGUCGCUGAUCUUGCUUCUAAGUGCCAGAAGUUUGUUACGUCGUGUCGUGAAUGCUGUGCAGCCAAUCCUCGACGAGGUGAGUCCGUACCUCCUGCACGUGCUAGUAUCGCUGAGGGUCCUUGGAACAUUGUCCAAAUUGACACUUUGGAGCUAGGAGCUGCUACUGACUACCACUGUGUACUUGUUAGUUACGAUACCUUCACGAAGUGGGUAGAAGGUGUGCCCUUACGGCGUCAUGAUGCUAAAAGUGUUGCGUCUGCCUUUGUUAACGUAUGUGCCCGCUGGGGCCCGCCAUCUGUUGUGCGAUGUGACAAUUGCACUGAAUUGUUCAACCAAGUAACUUCUGCGCUGUAUGAUGCAUUUGGAGUUACAGUUAAGAGAGGUGCAGUAAGGCAGCCACAGUCACAGGGAGCUGCUGAACGGUUUAACCGGACAUUGUUAAACCUGAUUCGCAAGACACUAGGUGAUGCAGAUGAUUGGCAUGCCGAGCUUGAUAUCUUGCUGUACUAUUAUCGUGUCUGCCCGCAGGCAAAAGUGUACUUCUCCUUAUGA